AUGGGCAGGAGAAAAAUCGAGAUAAGAGCUAUCAAGGACGACCGCAACAGAUCAGUCACAUUCCUUAAACGAAAGGGUGGCUUGUUCAAGAAAGCUCACGAGCUCUCAGUACUCUGCUCAGUCGAUGUCGCCGUGAUCAUCUUUGGCCACAACAAGAAGCUCUACGAAUUUUCGUCGGGUGACAUUAAUGAGACUUUGAGAAGAUAUCAAUAUUAUGGUCCUCCACACGAGCACAAAGGUCCAGGCGACUUCAAGAACAAGGGAGGCGAUGAUGAUGACGAGGACGAGGAUGACGGCGACGAUGGCUCGCAGAAAAGAGAGGAUUCCCUGCCACCACAGCCGCAUCAACAACAACACCUAAUGCCACCUCACAUGCAACACAACUCCUUCCAACAUGUCAGACAGCCUGCUGCUUCAGCAUCGCCGCCAAUGCCGAAUCGCAUGUUUCCGAGACAUUCGACCCCGCAACCAGCAGGCAUGAUCUCGAGGUCAAAUUCGAGGCAGGAAAUUCGAAGGCCGACGUCCACAAUGGUACCUUUACAACAAGCACCACAUCCUGCUCCUCCACCAAAUGGCUAUGCAUACAUGCCUAAUCCUCCUAUAUAUAACCCUCACGCAGCCGUGCCUGUCUCGGGACCGCCUCCACAUCCUUCACCUCAACCACAAUACCAGCAUUUCCAGCAACAACCACAACAGCAACCGCAACAGCAGUCCCAUCAACAAAUACAACAUGCGCAUCAACAGUUCUUACAAGACCAAAGGCGUCAGUCCCAACCACCGUCAUCUAUGCCUCCCACGUCGAACAGUUUGCAGCCUCCUCCACAACCUAUUCGUAGAGCAUCGCCGCAACCGGAGCAUACUAAUCUGCGUCCGCCAUCUCCUCCUGAACGAAAACAUACUUUAUCUAAAUCGCAAAGUAUCUUCACCCCGAUCGACGAGGGUGGUUCGGUUUUGGCACGUGUCUUCUUCGGGGCCGCUGAUCCUCCAAGAAGGCAGGAUCAAAACCAGUCUCCACCCGAGAUCAAGCCUCCUCCAAGAGCCAUCUCACAACCAUCAUCACAAUUACUCAGGCCCGCACCAUCACAACCGGUGCGUGCAACCACAACAGCAUCCGCAAGCAGGGAAUUUGCGGCACCACAACGUAGUGAUACUAGUGGUUCGAAGGGGGCAGCACGACCCAAGCUCAAUCUCACGAUCCCGUCCGAAGCUGAGGAGGACGAAUCUGGCUCAGGCUCGCCACGAGGUGCGGAAACGCGGUCCGCGAACCCGGAACGCAACCACAAUGGUAUACUGCUGCCACCACCCUCGCCUUCAGCCUCUGCCUUGCUCUCAGCUGGUGCCUCUGGACCGCCGAACCCCUUCGCGAGACCACCACCACCAACAUCACAACAAAAUUCCAAUGCAUACUCAGAGAACAAAAACACAAUAGAGACGCCAGUAUCGGCGUUACCGUCACGAUAUAUGGAGCAAUCUUUAAUAGCUUCGCCUGGUGGUCUGUUUAGUGAUUGGGAUAACUGGGGGAGAGGUGGAUUAAACAGUGCUGUAUUGCCAAGUCCGCUCACAUUUCCAACGCCUGCUGAAUCAAAACCACCAGUAUUGUUUGGUGGCAAGAACGAGACAGGAGAUGACAAGAGAAAGGCAGAAGAAGUCGCUGGAGGGGAAUCCAAGCGUCUGAAGACCUAG